CAACUAAGAAGAAGUGUAACAAUGGAGAUCAGUAACGAGAAGAAGAAGAAACUCUCUAGACAAUCUUCAUCUUUCAGACUACGAAGUCCAAGUCUAAACGCACUUCGCCUCCACCGAGUCUUCGACCUAUUCGACGAAAACAACGACGGGUUCAUAACCGUGGAAGAACUAAGUCAAGCACUCUCAAGACUCGGUCUCGAAGCUGAUUUCUCCGAUCUCAAAACAACCUUUGAAUCUUUCAUCAAACCAGACAAAACCGGACUCAAGUUCGAAGACUUUGCUGCACUCCACAAAACCCUAGACGAAUCUUUCUUCGGAGGAGAAGGAAGCUGCUGCGACGGGUCUCCCGAGACAGAUCUUGUAGAAGCUUUCAAUGUGUUUGAUGAAGACGGAGAUGGUUUUAUCUCAGCCGUGGAGUUGCAAAAGGUUUUAAAGAAGCUAGGGCUUCCUGAAGCAGGAGAGAUUGAACAAGUGGAGAAGAUGAUUGUAUCUGUUGAUAUCAAUCAUGAUGGUCGUGUUGACUUUUUCGAGUUCAAGAACAUGAUGCAAGUUGUUCUUGUUCCUUCUUCUUGAAUCUUUUUGGAUAACAAAAGAAACUUAUCGUUUGAUUAUUCUCUGUUUUAAAUUUGUUCUUGAAUGCAAAAACAACUUCAGAUUGA